AUGGAUGAACAUAUCAAGUCCGAUAAUAAGGCUGUCUCAGCUGAGGUGACCAAGGACCAAACAUACGUACACUGCCUCGACGGGUUCAAACUCUACAGUAUUUUGUCAGGCAUCAUGAUUGCAACUAUUCUCAUCUCUUUAGAUGUCUCUAUCAUCUCCACCGCAAUACCCGCUAUUACAAGCCAAUUCCAUGCUGCAACAGAUGGUGGGUGGUAUGGUGCAGCCUAUCCACUAACUAUGUGCUCUCUGCAACCUUUAAGCGGUAAAAUCUCAACUCUCUAUCCUCUCCGGUGGACCUACGUCGUCUUUUUCGGGAUUUUCCUUCUUGGUUCCUUGCUCUGCGGAGUGGCUAACAGUUCGAUAAUGUUCAUUAUUGGUCGAGCUGUAGCAGGUACAGGUGGCGCAGGAGUGGUUUCAGGUGGUCUUUCAGUUAUUGCCAUGAUCACGCCCUCUAUACACCGCCCGCUGUUCACGGGGCUUGUGACUUCAUUAUAUGCAGUUGGAACGGUGGUUGCGCCGAUCAUUGGCGGUGCUCUUACUAACAAUGUUACGUGGAGAUGGUGUUUUCUGAUCAACCUCCCUGCAGGAGGAAUCACGAUUAUUAUAUUAUUGCUGUUCUUUCAUCCACCUAGCACAAUAGUUACAACAGGGACACAGACGAUGCGAGAGAAGAUCAGACAGCUAGAUUUGUUUGGUUGCAUAAUUUUUGUUCCGUCGAUAGUCAUGGUAUUCCUUGCUCUCCGAUGGGGUGGAAAUGAAUAUUCCUGGAAUUCGGCUGUUGUUAUUGGGCUCUUCGUUGGAUUUGCUGCAUCAAUGAUGAUAUUUAUCUUGUGGGAACUUCAUAAGGGAGAAGAAGCAAUGAUACCAUUCCGACUUCUUCAAGAACGCUCAGUUGUACUGAGUAUUAUUUUCGCUUUCUUAUUUAUGGGGUCCUUCGUCAUUCCUGUUUACUAUCUCCCUGAAUGGUUUCAGAUUGUUAAGAACGCAAGUCCUAUUCGAAGCGGCAUCAUGUUACUCCCCUCCGUUUUUACUCAGAUUUUGGGUUCCAUCAUAUCUGGGGUAUUAGCCAAACAUGUUAAAUAUUAUAACCCUUGGUUUUUCCUUGGCUCUACUUUACUCUGUAUCGCCACUAGCCUUUAUACCACCUUUACUGCUUUCACAACAUCAUCUGGCAAUUGGAUAGGAUUUCAAAUCCUCCAGGGUCUAGGCUGUGGCUUUGCGGCACAGAUGGCACUUCUCACUGUCCAGAAUAUCCUCGAAUCUAGGCCCAAAGACAUCCCUGUGGGAAUUUCCAUUGUGCUAUUCGCACAAUACUUUGGGAGUUCAGUGAUGCAGACAAUAGGGAACUCUCUAUUUCAAAAUAAGCUUACCUAUAGUCUGGAUUCAUAUGCACAUUUGAACUCGACUGGAGUGGCGAUAUUGUUAGAGGCUGGCAAUCUGAGAAUGAGAGAAACAGCCCUUCAAGUAUUUCCUGAUCGUCUGGAAGCCAUAAUUACUGCCUACAAUGAUGCUGUUACUACUGUGUUUUAUCUUGCAGUGGCCGGCAGUGCAUUGGCUUUUGUCUUGUCCUUUGGUAUUAAGUGGAUUAAUACCACGCAAACUACUGCCAACGAGGCCACUGAAAACCGGACAGCGAGCAAUAAGCCAUAG